CCUCGGCCUCCCAGAGUUCUGGGAUUAUGGGUGUGAGCCACUGUGCACGGCCCUCCUUCCAUUUUAAAACCAUCACUAUGCACCCUAUGCCUAUGCUAGGCACUGGAAUAAGAUGAAACAUCUUGGAGUUUCCAUGCUGGUCAUUGUGCCAGACAGUAAUAAAAUAGGUAAGAAUGGCUGUGGGGGAAGUCAGCUGGGUUCUAGUUACAGUCGCAUUUCAGGAAAUUAUCUAACAUGUUGACUUUAACAACCUAAGCCUCUUCUCCAUGUGUGCACACAGGGUAAAUCUCUGAAGGGUGGCGCUGUAACUUCUAGGGUAAUGGCUGUGUUGAGUCAAGGCAAGAUGACAGUUCAGCCUAAAUGACUGUAAUGUGCGUGGUGCCUGCCACCCUAAUUGGCGCCCAUUUUGCAUCUCAGUUGCUUUCCCUGGAAGAGUAUUCUCAAAUUUCACCUUGAAGGAGGAAGAAUUCAGGCUACCACAACUGGACUAGCACUUCUGAAUGUCCAGAGGCGAGGUCCUGUGACUUCCUUGGGAAGCUCUGCCGCACCCCCACCCCACCCCACCCCACCCCACCACACCCCACCCCACCCCACCACACCACCACAGGCUGCUGGAGUCCUGGGACCACCUGGGUCUAUGGACCAAAUCCUUCCUCACUAAGGGGAGGGGAGGGGUGUUCCAGCCGGGUGGGGUGGGAAGGCUGCUUGGGUGGGAUUGUGACAUGAGUGCCCUGGUGACAUGGAACAGAUCUGUGGCAUAAAUAAAGGUGUCAUAAACGCAGGGUGGGGCGCACGCUUAUAAGGGUCAGGAGCCUCUCAGGGCUGCCAGAAUGGCUCCCUCUCAGUGCGUAGCGCCAGCCUGUAUCAUGUCCCAGCUGCGUUUCUGGGGCCCAUGGCCCCUCCUCAUGUGGCAACUAUUGUGUCUACUAGUCAAGGAGCUCAGCCUCUGGAGUGGGUGAAGGACCCGCUCCAGCUGACCUCUAACCCCCUGGGGCCGCCUGAGCCCCGGUCUUCCCGCGCCUCCCAUCUCCCAUGGGAAUCUCCCCAUGCGCCCACUCCCCCGGCAGACCCGGGGGACUUUGAUUACCUGGGGCCCUCUGCGUCCUUGCAGAUGUCAACCCCACCCUGGGAAUCGACUGAAAAUUUGGUUCCAUUCCUGGACACGGAUUCAUCUGAAGAGUUGCCCCUGGGGCCAGAGCAGUUCUUGGCUGCACAUCAGGAUUUAAAUGACAAGUUGACUCCGCAAGAAAGGCUCCCAGAGGUGGUCCCACUGCUGUACGGGGAUCAGAACCAGACCCCAGUUCAGCUUCCUCGCCUCAAAAGUAAGGUUCCAACUGCAGAUCUAGAUCAGGCUGCAGGUCAUCAGGCAGAUGAAAUACUUGUUCCGCUAAACAGUAAGAUUUCAAAACCAACCACAUUUAUUGUUUCGCCCGAGAACCUGAAGAAAGAUCUAGCUCAGCGUUGGAGCCUUGCUGAGAUUGUUGAAAUUCCACACCGAUUAUCCAAACCUCAGCGUCAGAAACAGACUUUGCGGGAUGAAUAUUCGAGUAUGGACACACUGUAUUCCGGCAGCCUGCCUCCAGAACUCCGGGUGAACUCAGAUGAGCCUCCAGGGCCCCCUGAGCAAGUUGGGCUUUCUCAAUUCCAUCUGGAGCCUGAAACUCAAAAUCCAGAGAUGCUUGAAGACAUCCAGUCCUCUUCACUCUGGCAAGAAGCCCCAGCGCAGCUUCCACAGCUCCCUGAGGAGGAAGAACCUUCUUCAACCCAGCAGGAGGCCCCAGCUCUGCCUCCAGCAUCCUCUAUGGAGAGUCUAACUCUACCGAAUCGUGAGGCGACAGUUCAGCCUCCAGGUGAGGAUCAUUAUAACUUGCCCACCAUUACAGUUAAACCUGCAGAUGUGGAGGUUACCAUAACUUCCAAGCCUAUCAAUGAGACAGAAUCUUCCCAAGCCCAGCAGGAGGCCCCAAUUCAAUUUCCAGAGGAGGCGGAACCUUCUGCAACCCAACAGGAGGCCCCAACUGAGCUUUCAGGUCCUCCUAUAGAGCAUGAACUUUCCAUCAGUGAGCAGGAGCAGCCAGCUCUGCCUUCUGAGUCUUCUGAGGUUGAAUCUUCUCAGACCCAGCAGGAGACCCCAGCUCAGCCUCCAGAAGAGAUGGAACAUUCUGCUAUCCAAGAGGAGGCCCUACCUGAGCCUCCAG